UUAAUUGCCUCCUGGGUUUUUUAUUUUUUGCCAAACAAACCAAAAACAACUGAAAAUUUAGAAAGUUUUUUUUUCUUUUUUUGUUUUAAAAUUUUGUAAAUAAGUGAUUUUUUCUCCUUCACUGAUAUGCGCUAAUGAGGCUGCAGUGAUGGGCACUGAUGAGGAGGCACUGAUGAGCACUGAUAUGUGGCAUUGAUGUGCACUGGUAGGCACUGAUAUGUGGCACUGAUGGGCACUGGCAGG